AUGUCGAGUGAUCACGUUGAUGAAAUUACAGCACCUAAGUAUAAUGAAUUGUACCAAUUAGUGAACGAGCAACGAGCUAAACUCAAACAGCUAGAAGAUGAAUUAGCACUGGUAAAUGUGAAAAAUGACGAGACACCAUUGAACACUAAGACAAAUGAUGAAUCGAUAGAGUUUCGUGUCAUCCCAGACGUCAAUAAGUCAGUGAAAUGUUUUACUGGAUUGGAACCUUCUCACGUAGCCGAAGAUUGGUUGGAAACGAUAGAGGGUUUAGCUGAUUUGAAUCGGUGGCCAUCCAAAUUUUGUCUACAUUUUGUACGUUCGAAUAUGUCUGAUGCGGCACGUAAUUGGUUUUUAUCGAAAAAUUUUGUGAGUUGGUCCACGUUUCGUGAGAAGUUUAAACUAGUGUUCGUACGUGAAUUACGCAUGGCCGACAAGUGGGACGCUAUGCGCAGUCGUGUACAACACAAGGAUGAAUCACUGAUGUCAUAUUUUCAAGAUAAGGUGCGGUUGUGCAAAGGUGUCAGAUUACAGUUCGAAGAACUUCGCGAUUAUGUUCUACAGGGCAUUUUAUCUCGGGAACUCGCGAUGUAUGCAUUUGGAAGGAAGCACUAUGACGAAGACCAAUUACUCAUAGAUAUAUUGGAGUGGCAACGUCAGUCUGAUCGUCGUGGAGAUCAGCCAAACACUUCCGUAAUUACUAAAGUCGAUCAUAGUAAGAUGUGGUCAAAAAAAGAAACAACAAGUAACCAGGCAGAACCAAGUAAGUUCACAUCGACGACACGAACCACUACGAAAACAGAAUCACCGACAUCUGACUCACGACACAGUACAAUUAAGUGUUACAAUUGUUCUGGUUUUGGACACAUAGCGCGCGAUUGUCCAAGACCAAAACGACCAAUGAAAUGUUCAUUGUGUAGCGCCGAAGGACAUACUCGGGGCAAAUGUCCUUCUGUUAAGCAAGAACAUCCUGCCAGAACGUGCCAGGUUGUGGUGGCGGGGUGUGCAGGGAAGAAUCCGUUUGGGAAACAAGUGAAAAUUAACCAAGUUGAAUUCAAUGGACUCAUUGAUUCAGGUAGUACAGUAUGUUUAAUCCGAUCGUCUGCAGCUGUACGGACCAAAUUACCAAUAGUGUCAUCAAUCAAACCAUUGUAUGCUGUGGGUGAUAUGAAGACACCUAGAAUCACUUCAUUAGCAGAAGUAAUGGGAGAGCUGGUUAUCGAUGGGGUUAAGACGGACAAGGUGCAAUUCUUAGUAGUUGAAGACAAAGCAAUUCCAGUAGAAGUAUUGAUUGGACAGUCUUGGCUCAAUUUGCCUCAGAUUACUUACCACAAACAAGAUGACACGUUUGUCGUUGAGUACGCAGAUAUGGACGUGGAAUCAAUAUGUGCCAAUAUUAAUAAGCAUGAACAUGGAGUUCAAGUAUGCUUGGUGCAAGAACAGUCAACAUCAAAAGUGUCACUGUCAACAGAUGAUGUGAUAAUAGGCAGUCAGGUUGACUCCAUGCAAAAAGAAGAACUAACAGUGUUACUGAAUAAGUAUCGUGCAGUGUUUGCAUUAAAUUUACAAGAAUUGGGUUGCACGGAUUUGGUGACAAUGGAGAUAAUGGAAGAACAAAACAGUAAGCCUGUAUCGAUGAAGCCGUAUCGCACAUCCGAACAAGAGCGAAGACAGAUAGCGGAAAUUACUGACGAAUGGGUCAGGAGUGGUAUAAUUAGUAAGACCAGGUCUCCUUAUGCGUCACCAGUCAUAUUGGUCAAUAAAGCAAAUGGAAAGAAGAGGUUGUGUGUUGACUUCAGGAGAUUGAAUAGUCAGACAAUAUCACAGUCAUAUCCAAUGCCGGAUAUACCUUUGGCUGAGGGAGCGAAAGACAAGACUUCAUUUAUCACUCCUGAUGCAGUAUACAAGUUCGAACGUAUGCCUUUUGGUUUGAGAAAUGCUCCAGCUGAGUUUUGCCGAUUGAUGGACCAGGUGUUGGGAACUCUCAAGAGGGAAGGUGUUGUUCGUUGUUACAUCGACGAUGUCAUUAUUCCAGCAACAGAUUGGGGAGACAUGUGUAGGAAAUUGGAAAGAGUAUUUCAAGCUCUUGAACGUGCUAAGUUAACCUUGAACCCAACCAAGUGUGCUUUUGGAGUCACUGAAUUGGAUUACUUAGGUUUUAAUAUUAAGGAAGGUCAGCUGCGUCCAGGUCGGAAAAUAGCUGUAAUUGAGAAUUACCCAAGACCAAAAAAUGUCCAUGAACUAAGAAGAUUCCUCGGAUUGACAGGAUACUUCCGUCGUUUCAUAACACAUUAUGCGGACAUUUCUGCACCACUGACGGCUUUGACGAAGAAGGAUCUACCAUGGAAAUGGACGGAUGCACAACAAGGAGCAUUUGAACAAUUGAGGCGUAUACUGACAUCUGCUCCAGUGUUGAAAUUAUACAAUCACGAAUCACCGGUGACUGAAGUACACACAGAUGCUAGCGCAAAAGGUCUAUCGGGCAUGUUAAUGCAGGGUGACACUGAGAAAUCACUACACUUAGUGUAUGCGGUGAGCAAAAGAACAACCGAAGCGGAAUCACAUUACCACUCCAGUAGACUUGAAUUAUACGCGAUUGUAUGGACGUUAAUUCGAUUGAGGCCAUAUCUGCUUGGAAUCAGAUUCACAGUGGUGACUGAUUGUCAGGCUUUGGUAUAUUUGAACACCAACAAGUCAGCAAAGCCACAGGUGGCUCGUUGGUUCGAUCUACUACAAGAAUUUGAAAUGAAUAUCAAGUACCGAUCAGGCGAGCGGAUGGCUCACGUUGAUGCAUUGAGUCGUUUGGAAGGUACUACGGACAGUGUACAAGCAGUAGAAGAGGCAUUGGAUAAUCGAUCCUUGGUUAUGACAUUAAUGACUUUGGAAGAACGUGUACGAUACAUGCAACAAGCUGAUCCUGAUACAUGUCGAUUAAUCAACAUAUUGGAGAGGGGUGAAGGUGACCGAACUCCAUAUGAGAGGAACGCUGUAAAUAAAUUCAAGUUGUUGGAUGGUGUAUUGUAUCGAGAUUUAGAGGGGAUAAGUCGUUUUGUGGUACCUAAGCCUCUGAGAAAGGGGAUAGUGAUAAUGGCCCAUGAUAUGGCAGGUCAUAGGGCAUUGGAUCAGACACUAAAGAAAAUUCAGGAACACUAUUGGUUUUCAAAAAUGCGUAGGUAUGUACAGAUGCAUAUCGGUGGAUGUUUGGAUUGUCUGGUCAACAAGAAGCCUGGAGGAAAACAACCAGGAGAGUUACACCCUAUUCCCCCUGGAAAAAGACCAUUUGCAGUUGUUCACUUGGAUCAUUUGGGACCUUUUGAAACCAGUUUGAAGGGCAAUAGAUUUUUAUUAGUGUUAAUAGAUAACCUUACCAAAUAUGUAUUGUUGUUUCCAGCAAAAUCCACUCACACUCAAUCAGCUAUUAGAAGUUUACAGAAGUUUGUUGAUCAAUGGGGAUUGCCGGAUCGUUUGAUAACAGAUAGAGGGACAUGCUUUACUUCCAAGGCGUUCCAGGAUUACUGUCAACAUAAUGGGAUCAGGCACACUCUCAACUCGUCUCGACAUCCGCAAGCAAAUGGACAAGUGGAGAGGACCAAUAGAACCUUAUUGCCAAUGCUUGCAAUUCAAGCACAAGAUCAAAAAUUAUGGGAUCAGAAGCUGAAAGAAGUUGAACGUGACAUAAACAACACGGAAAGUAAGACUACCAGAUACACACCAUUUGAGUUAAUCCACGGAUACCGGCCUCAGUUUCAUUCAAGCGUGCUGAGAUUACUAGAUGGUGUUGGUACACAUCAGCCUUUGAAUUCAGUAGAGUUACAGGCCAAGGCAAGAGAUAACAUUUUGAAAACUCAGGUAUCAAUGAAAGAAAGAUAUGAUCAGAAAAGGAACAAAUCGAUAAGCUAUGAAGUUGGAGAAAUGGUGGCAAUGCUGCGUGCACCUACCCCAGGUCAAUCUACCAAGCUUCAGACCAAGUAUCGGGGCCCAUUGCAAGUUAUAGGGAAACUACCUGGAAACACAUAUCGAGUCGCUGAGAUGGCAAGGGAUGGUAAACACAUUUAUGCUACAACGGCUCAUGUGUCUCAGUUGAAGGCAGUUUCAAUAAUGCAAGAGGAGCAGCUUGAGGAAAAAGGAAGUGGGUCAUCAGCAGAUGAAGAUGAAGAGACUAACAAAUCAAAUGCUGAUCUACCAAGGGUGGAAGAAACUGUUAAGCUUAAACGUCAAAGAAAACCACCAAAGUAUUUAGAAGAUUAUGUUUAA